AUGAUUUUUUUCCUGCUUUUUGUGGUUUUUGUGACGAGGAAUGAGGCGCUGAGGUGAGGAUUUUGGGGAAAUUUUUUGAAAAAAAAAUGUUUUUCGAAAUAUUUCGAGUUAUUGCUCAUGUUAAAAUUUUGAGCCAAAAAUUCCUUUUUUUUUUUUAUAUUUUAAGUUAUUGCUCAUGUUAGGCGAUGAUGCAGAUUAGUUUCUCCCCCGAGCUAAUUGAGGAGAAAGAGGAGAAAGGUGUUGCAGGUGGAGGCGAAACAAUGUAUUUUUCGAAUUUCGCCCCAUUUCUCCUCAUUUCUCCUCGGAGGAGAAACUCAUCUGCAACAUCGCCUUAAACUUUUGAGCCAAAAAUUAUUUUUUUUAAUUUUUCUAGGCUUCAAAAAAAUUUUUACAAAAUUUUUUUUUGAAAAAAAAUUUGAAAAAAAAAAUGUUUUUUUAAUAUUUCGAGUUAUUGCUCAUGUUAAACUUUUGAGCAAAAAAUUCUUUUUUUUUUGAAAAAAAAAUUUGAAAUUGAAAAUUCUGGGAUUCUAGAAUUUUCCUAGGCUUCAAAAAAAGUUUCACAAAAGUUUUUUUUUUGAAGAAAAAUUUAACAUUUUGGGCUUCUUGGAUUUUUCUAUUUUUUUUUCUUUGAAAAAAUUUUCACAAAAUUUUUUUUUCCGAAAAAUUUUUGAAAAAAAAAAUUUUUUUCGAAAUAUUUCGAGUUAUUGCUCAUGUUAAACUUUUGAAAAAAAAUUCUUUUUUUUUUGAAAAUUUUUUUUCCAGGCUUCAAAAAAGUUUCACAAUUUUUUUUUUGAAAAAAAAUUGAAACUGAAAAUUCUAGGCUUCUAGAAUUUUUCUAGGCUUCAAAAAAGGUUUCACAAAAUUUUUUAUUUCGAAAAAAAAUUUGAAAAUGAGAAUUUUGGGCUUUUAGAAUUUUUCUAGGAUUCAAAAAAAAUUUCACAAAAUUUUUUUUUGAAAAAAAUUUUGAAACUGAAAAUUCUGGGAUUCUAGAAUUUUUCUAGGCUUCAAAAAAUUUUCACAAAAUUUUUUUUUGAAAAAAAUUUUGAAAAUGAAAAUUCUGGACUUCUGGAAUUUUUCUAUUUUUUUCUUCAAAAAAAUUUUCACAACAUUUUUUUUGAAAAAAAAAAUUUUGAAAUUGAAAAUUUUUGGAUUUGAAAAAUUAAAAUUAGGCUUUAAAAAAUUCUGGGCUUUUUUCAGGCCUUCUUUCUAGGCUUAAAAAAUAUUUAGGCAUUUUGAGAAAAAAUUUUGACCGCUGUGAAAAAAAUUUAAACAAUUUUGAAGCGGAAUCAAAAAUUCAGGGUUUUUCUCUACAGUAGGCAAAAAUUCCAGCAUUUUCCAAACAAAAAUCUAGGCUUCUAGGCCAUUUCAGGCUUCUACUAGGCUUCUACUAGGCUUCUACUAGGCUUCUACUAAGCUUCUACCAGGCUUCGUAACAAAAUUUCUAGUAAAAUUUGUACUUUCCUAUACCAAAAAAAAUUGUCUAACACCUGUUACAUCAUUUUUUUUCUCAAUUUUUUUUUAUGAUAAAAUAUUAUGUACAUCUGCAAAAAGGUCACCAUAUUUGGAACCAGGCACCAGAUUUUCCUCCCUGGUUUUUUUUGGCAAUUUUAUUAGCCGGAAGAUUUUUUUUGUAAAAAAAAAGAUUUUGAAAAAAAAGUCAUAAAUAUCCUGGCUGACGCGCGAAAAAAGUUUCAAUUUUUGCGCGCGCGGAAAAUGUGGCAAAAUGAUUUAUGAUCUUCUUCUUUUUGGAAGAUGAUCUGAUGAAUAAAAAAUGGAACAACCAAAACAACAAUAAAAUACAUAUAAUUAGACAUGGUAAAAGUUUGGAGGUCGAAAAAAAUGUAGAAAAUUUGUUUUUUCUGGGCUAAGUGGUUAGGAUUUUAUUUUUUCACGAAAAAUCAAAAAAUUUAGAGAUUUUUGAAGCUUCUGAGGUGAUUUCUGAUGAAAAUUGACCUUGGAAUUCACUUUUCAGAAGUUUUUGGUUUAUGAAUUUAGAAAAAUCAGCAAAAACUUCUGAAAACUGGAUUCUAGGGUCAAUUUUCAUCAGAAAUCACUUCAGAAGCUUCAAAAAUCUAGAUUUGUCAUCAUUUUUGGCUGAAAAACAUUGAAGCUCUAAAACUUUGAAGUUUUUCGUUUUUCAGCCAAAAAUGAUGACAAAUCGAGAUUUUCGAUGCUUCUGAAGUGAUUUCUGAUGGAAAUUGACCCUGGAAUUCACUUUUCAGAAGUUUUUGAUGAUUUUUCGGAAAAAAAUAAAUUUUUGAUGAAUUUCGAAAAAAUUUAAAAAAUGAAGAAGCUUCCAAAAUUUGAAAUUUUUUUUAUUUUCUGAAAAAUCAGCAAAAACUUCUGAAAAGUGGAUUCCAAGGUCAAUUUUCAUCAAAAAUCACUUCAGAAGCUUCAAAAAUAUCGAUUUUUCAUCAUUUUCGGCUGAAAAACUUUUUUAAAAAAUUUCUUGAUUUUUUGAACGAAAAAAAUAAGCUAGCCAGCCUAUUACAACUAGAAAGUUAGGAUAACUCUGCCGCUGCGCGGAAGAUAGUGCCGCUUACGCGGAAGCUUGCGGUUUACACUACCCUCUGAUUCGAGCGGAGCGAGUGUAGACCGCAAGCUUCCGCGUCAGCGGCACUAUCUUCCGCGCAGCGGCUACGUUAUCACAACUUCCUCAAUUAACCGAAGAAGUUAGGGUAACUUGGCCGCUGCGCGGAAGAUAUUGCCGCUUACGCGGAAGCUUGCGGUCUACACUACCCUCUGAUUCGAGCGAAGCGAGUGUAGACCGCAAGCUUCCGCGUCAGCGGCACUAUCUACCGCGCAGCGGCCAAGUUACUCUAACUUUUUCGGUUAAUUGAGGAAGUUAGGGUAACUCUGCCGCUGCGCGGAAGAUAGUGCCGCUUACGCGGAAGCUUGCGGUCUACACUCGCUUCGCUCGCAUCCCGAAAAUUCAAAUUUCCUAAACAAAUAUUUUUCUUUCCCACACAGAAGAAAACUUGAAAAAAUUCGGAUUUUUUUUCUGUUUCUUCACCGAAAAUAUUUAUUUUUAUCGCAAAAGCCGUCAUUUUUUUUGUUGCUUUCCCGCGUUCCUUUGAUUAGUUGAUCAAACACAAACAGAGAGAAAAGAUGCACUUUUGAAAUUUUUUUUGCUUGGGAAAAAAUAGCCGAAAACAUGUGAGGGGCCGGAUUUUUGGGGCCAAUUUUGAGCCCGAAAAUUGAUUUUUGGGCCAAUUUUGAGCCCGAAAAUUGAUUUUUGGGCCAAUUUUGAGCCCCCGAAAUAUAUACGUUUCAAAAUUUUUGUGAAAUAAAAAUGAUAAACCAUUAUUUUCAAUCAAGGAAAAAAUUGUCUCUCAUUUUUUUCACGAAAUUUUGAAACGUAUUUUUUUCAGGAUUGAGAAAAAAGGAAUUUUGGGCCCAAAAUUAGCUCAAAAUUCAAAAUUUUGUGAAAAAAUUGUUAAAUAAAAAUGAUAAAUCAUGUUUUUCAAUCGAACAUAUCGAAACUGACAAAAAAUUUGUUUUUUUUUUUAGAAUUUUUUUUUUUUUUUUUGAAAUUUGAUAAAAAGGAAUUUCGGGCCCAAAGUUAGCUAAAAAUUCAAAAUUUUCUAGAAAUUCUGAAAAAUUUUUUGAACUUCGGUCCCCAAAAAAAAAAAAAAAUUUUUUAAUUUUUUUAGUAUUGAGAGGAAUUUCGGGCCCAAAAUUAGCUCAAAAUGUUUUUCUAAAUUUAAAAUUUCAAAAAUUCUACAUUUUCUUCCAUUUCAAAAUUAUAACUUUCCAGAAAUUCUGAAAAAAUUUUGAACUUCGGUCCCCAAAAAAAAAAAAAAAAAUUUUUUAAAUUUUUUUUGGAUUGAGAAAAAGGAAUUUCCGGCCCAAAAUUGGCUCAAAAUCUGAAAUUUUCUAGAAAUUCUGAAAAAAAUUUGAAUUUCGGUCCCAAAAAAAAAAUUUUUUUUUAGAUUUGAGAAAAAGGAAUUUCGGGCCCAAAGUUAGCUAAAAAUUCAAAAUUUUCUAGAAAUUCUGAAAUUUUUCCAGAUGUCAAUGUACAACUGACAAAGGCGGUGUUCCCUGCUACAAAUCGUGGUGUCAAGUGUAUAAUAAUGGAACUCGAGUGAGUUUAGCUAACUUCCAAACAAUUUUUUUUGUAGCGCAAAAUGCACUUUUGUCACUGUGUCUUGAGAGCUUCCCUUUUUCUUUGAAAUUUUUUACUGUAUCAAUAAAAAACAGCCGGGAAAAGUAAACAAAUAUUUAAAUAGAAAAAAGUACAGGGCUUCGAAAUUUUCAAAAAAAAAAAAAAAAAAAAAAAAAAAAAUUUUACAAAUUUUUUUUUUUUUUAAUGAAGCUUGGGGAACAGAAAAAAAAAAGACUUUUUCUCUCCAAAAAAAAAAAACAAAAAAAACAAUUUUUCCAGGUCGCUGCUUGCGCAAUGAUUCGAAUUGGCUCAAUUCAACAUUUCGCUUGUGCUCACGUCUCCAAAGAUUCCGAUGAUUCUUGCACGGUUGUGAAUAAGAAUGGGCGAGAAGCGGUGAGUACUUGUCAGCGCUGCUGAGAAGCGGUGACGGCUUGAAAUACCCUCUUUUCGGCUUGAAAUACCCUCUUGCAGUGAGGCCUUGAGAGACACUUUGAGUCAAGGCGCGGCUGCUUGACAGCGUUUCUCAGAAGCAGUGACGCCUUGAGAGACAAUUUUAGUCAAGGCGCAGCUGCUUGUCAGCACUUUUGAGAAGCAGUGACUGCUUGAGAAGCUUUCUAUAAAGAAGUGCCGCCUUAGGACACUCGCUUCCAAAGGCGCAGUUGCUUCAAACAACGCUUGUCAAGCAACCAUGCCUUGAAAACACAUGUUGUCAAGGUUUGGCUGCUUGACAAGCUAUCUAUGAAGCGGUUGUUCCUUGAAAGACCCUUUUUCAAGCAGUGACGCCUUAGGACACUCGCUUUCAAGGCGCAACUACUUUCAAACAAAGCUUGUCCAGCAUCGGCGCCUUGAAAAUACAUGUUGUCAAGGUUUGGCUGCUUGA